AAUCCAUUAUUCGGGGGCUUGGCACCGUGGGGCUUGGCAUGUUUGUUUUUGUCGGGAGACUUGUGCGGUUCGUCAAGUUGUGUGUGUACGAGGUGCCGCCAGGUGUUCUGUGGUGCCGCGCGAUAAGUAUUCCGUGCGCUGCGGGAACACAUUCGGCGAUUUGUAUGAUGCCUUGGUGAGAUGGGGGACAGUCACUGCCCGGACAUUAGCAGCCUGCCCGCUCCCCUGGGCCGCCCUUGCAGUCCGACUGAGGAGGCCGCCUCCGAGCCGUCCUCAUACGGCGAGCUCAACCACGUGGGCUGGCUGGCUGAGCAUAUAGGCCGCCUGUGUCUGGAGCCCGAGUACAGCGACGUCACCCUGGUGGUCGAGGAUGUCCGACUGCCUGCACAUCGACUCGUGCUCGCCUCCUGCAGCAGCUACUUUCGGGCACUGCUGUAUGGUGGCAUGCGAGAAUCGAAGCAGCAAGAGGUGACGCUGCAAGACACUCCCCUCCGAGCGUUCCAGCUGCUGCUACGAUACAUCUACACGGGCCAGCUCAGGCUGGCUGGACUGCAGGAAUGUGUGGUGCUAGAGGUGCUGGAGCUAGCACACCAGUAUGGCUUCCUGGAACUGGAGUCCGGUGUGUCGGCCUAUCUAGAGCGGGUGCUGGGUGUGCGCAACGUGUGCCGCAUCUACGACCGUGCCUGCCUCUACCAACUCUCACCACUGGCACGAGCGUGCCAGCGAUUCGCCGACCGCCAUGCACCCGCCAUCCUACUGAGUGAUUCGUUUCGCCAGCUCUCACCGUCAGUUCUGGAGGAGAUGAUUGGGCGAGACUCCUUCUUUGCACCUGAGGUGGACAUCUUCCGAGCAGUCUGUGCAUGGGCCAGGCACAACCCCACCGUCGAUCCUCGGCAAAUUUUGGACAAGGUUCGUCUACCACUGCUGACAGUGCAAGAACUUCUGAACGUGGUGCGCCCCACAGGGCUGGUGUGUCCCAACACACUUCUGGAUGCCAUUAAGCUCCGCACCGAGACCAGGGAUGCUGAUAGACCUUACCGAGGGUGCCUGUUGCCAGGUGAGAAUGUGGCCACCCAGCUGCACGGGGCGCAGGUGUUGCAGGGGGAGAUGCGGUCGGCCCUUUUGGAUGGGGACACCCAGGUGUAUGACAUGGAGCGUGGCUUCACCCGGCACCCCAUUGACGAAGGGGGGCAGGGCAUCCUGGUGCGCCUGGGGGCACCCUGCAUCCUCAACAACCUGCGGCUGUUGCUCUGGGACAAGGAUAACCGGGCAUACUCCUACUACAUCGAGGUGUCGGUGGAUCAGCAGGACUGGGUGCGUGUGGUGGACCACUCCCACUUCUUGUGCCGCUCCUGGCAAAGGCUGUACUUCAAACCUCGGGUCAUCCAGUACAUACACAUUGUGGGGACACACAACACGGUGAAUCGUGUCUUCCACGCGGUCUCGCUGGAGUGCAGGCACAUAGCCUCGGAAGAGGAUGAGGAGGAGCCCCUUCCUGAGCUCGAGGAGGGCCUGGUGGUGCCCCAUGAGAAUGUGGCCACCGUGGCACGCUCGGCGUACGUGGUGGAAGGGGUGAGCCGCAGCCGCAAUGCGCUCAUCAACGGUGACACCUCAAAGUACGACUGGGACUCGGGCUACACCUGCCACCAGCUAGGCAACGGGGCCAUUGUGGUGCAACUGGCGCAGCCAUACCGUGUCGACUCCAUGCGGCUCCUACUGUGGGACUGUGACUCACGCCAGUACAGCUAUUACGUCGAGGUGUCCGUUGACCAGCAGAACUGGAAUAUGGUGGCCGACAAACGAAAUGAGCUGUGCAGGUCGUGGCAGCUUCUGCGCUUCCCUCGACAGCCUGUCGUGUUCAUACGCAUCGUGGGCACCCACAACACUGCAAACGAGGUUUUCCAUUGCGUCCAUUUUGAGUGCCCAGCUCAGUGCCUAGAGACACCUGGGGCGGCAGUGGCAAGCACAGCUUCGAAACACCCCACUAGCAGCACUAAUGAGCGGCGCAGUUCAUCGUCAUCAAGUCAUGACGGUGACGUCUCCCAGCAGAAAGCACCUCAACACCCAUGAACAGGAGAGAGAGAGACUGCAUCACGGUGUUUUUAGAUACUAUGCAUGCAAACACAACUGAGAAAAAGAAAUGAACACGGAGAAUGUGUAAUAGUAGAAGUUUAAGGCCUAGCAUAGCUAUUGUGCGUAUUUUGAGCAACGUAUAUAGAAUAAUGGCAUAUCAAGUGGACAAUUUUUACUCUGCUUCAAUUUCAGACAUGCGAACAUCUCUUGCAUAUGCGGGCUGUUUUUGUAUAUGUGUGUGAUGUGGCACACUUCCAGCAUCUGGUGUGCAAUUGUAUUCGGAUUUCGGAAUAGUAUUUAUAGCAUUAAAUUCACGUUCAGAAAGCACUUGUUCUGACAAUCUUUUGUUUGUGUGCAUGUACCGUGUGUUCUUGCAAGCCUGAAGGUGGACAAGCUAAUGAGUGCCACUGACCAUGUCUCGUUGCUCUCUAGCCUUCCUCCUCGUGGCGAGCCCUUCAAGCUCUGUGUAGGCAGUUAUUGCUGACACAUCAAAAGGUCUUGUCUUUGCUGCUUUUAUCUAUUGAACAGUUAUUUAUUAUUGCGAAUGCUGAUAUGUCAAUGAAGAUGAAAAUAUAGACUUGCAUCCUUCUCUUUCCGCGAUAUGUUUCACCUCAAAUGUUUAGAAGUUUAUUCAUGACAGCGAGUUGGUGCGUGAUAUUGCUUUAGCACAGCUCAGUUUGAGCGUGAAGAAAUGAUGCUAUACGAUCAAAAGGAGGGGGGGGGGGGGGAAACAGGAUAAUGAGAACUGAGCUGCACUAAAGCAAUAUCAUAUUAUCAUCCAUGACAAAGCUGACUAUGUGACAUUCUUGGUGCAUAGAGUCAACUGAGGCACAACUUUGCAAUAACAAAGCUGGGAUGUGGUUGCUGUAGGAGCAAUUCCGAUCGGCUUACAUUGGCUUAACUCUAAAUGCUAAAUACUGUGACACUCAUGGGACACCUAAAGAAACAAGUCAACACAACUGCUGCCUCAUGAGCUACAGAUUGAAAAAGUUCUGUUGUGACAUCUGUUUAGUACCACCCUGCCCUACAGUGUAUUCAAUGGUAUUCAACACUGUAUCCAAGUGUUCAACACUAUUAGUGCGAUCAAUACUCGCACUUUGGCUGGUACAGUCUACCACGAAAGCUUAGAGACCACGCGAGCAUGUGCCAAAGAGCCUGUCUGUGCCACCUACUGUCGACUGCAGCGCUGGGCCGGAAACGGUACUUCUUUUAGUGAAUAACGCAGCAUGUUUCGGCUGGUGGGAAUUUAUAUCAUUUUGUGAGAAAGAUUGUAACUAAAGUUUUUCUGACAGACUGCUCUCAAGACAGAAGCAAAUAGCCACAGCUGCCAAAAAGUGUGUCGUGUUAAAAAUGAAAGUUGGAAAAUAUUUGCACCUAGAGGGAAAAUUGGCAGGGUGUCGACUAAGGGUGGGAUGCAUCUUGGAAAUUGCGCUGCUGUCAGAUCACCGCUGAUGUAGCAAAAAUGUCGCGACAAGGCUCUUGGCAAUGUGCUCACGUGGUCCGUAAAUUUUUAUGGUUGACUGACUGUAGAAGCUUUGUUGAGUGGUGUGUGGACUUUCACAGUUCAUCACAACUGGGUUGCCAAGUAUGAAACGUACAACAGCGACGUGCUCAUCGUCUUUGUACUUGCUUGCCAUGUAUCACUCUCCACAGUUAUGUUGCUCAACAACUAAAAGCUAAAUAUGCAUUCAUAACCAAUAACAAACAGUUUAUUGAAAUGUUUAAACAACAUCAGCAGACCUAUACGAGUUUUUAAGUGAAUAUUAUUUAGCUUUAGGUGACACAGAAACGAAAAUAAAGAUUCACAGCGCCACUCAAUUUUCGUGAGAAUUGCCUGAAGUACUCAGUGGCCAUUGAAAACUGCGAUGUAGCAGCGCGACAGCUUCAUUAAGUUGAAAGAGUGGUGGCGUUUCGAUGGCCAUCAAUGGGAUGGCCUUUCAAAAGGGCUCAUGUGACUGGUAUUAGUGUGGGAACCACUUGCAGCCACGAUGGUAGAUGUGAAAUGCCCUUUUUUGACUACAGAUGGUAUUUGGUACGUAAAAUAUGAUAUCUUAUUUAACAGCCCUGUGGCUUAAAAAUAUGCAUACUUUCAAGGCUCAGAAACAUUAUUUUCGAGAAAAUGAAAAAUAAUCUUUAUGUUACGUGUUUGUUCAGGCUAUUUAGUAAUUCGUUGGUGCUUUGCUUUGAUUCUAGUGUGGAAUCUCUCUUUUACCAUAUUAUAAACUUGUUUGCGACUUCAAGUUAUUGUAAAAUCCCAAGGAAGCACCCAUUCCUGUGGUGAAACAUAAUCGGAAAAUACUUUGAAGGGGGAGCAUUACUCGACCAUGGACUAAAAUGCAAGAUGGCGGUAGAAAAACCUCUGUGAAAAGUGUGCACCUGUCCUUCUAAUGAAAUGCUCUAUUGAAUAUGCAUGCAUAUUUGCAUGACUGUUUUUGCUUAACUGGAGGGAAUCCUCGCGUGAAACUUUUGUGACGAGGGGAAAAGAUGGCCUUCGUAUGUUCCGACGGUUUCCAACAGCUGAGAAUGCAACCGCGAGGCACAUGGCUAUAAAGCUACGUAGAAAUCAUGCACAUAGCUACAGACUCUGGGGUUCCUAGGAUUCUGUGACGGAGAACAAGCUUACAAAAAGAAACAAAAAAGGUGGGAGGGGAGGGGGGUGCUUGCUCAGUGAUUGGUGCAUAUUUCAAAUCUUUAGAAAAAAGCAAGGGAGCGCUAGCUUUAUGGUAAUUCCAUGAAAGGCUCAAGAGAAACAACAUCGUCUCGUUCUAAUCGGCCCAGAAUUAUGUGACAUGAUAGGCACGUAAACAGUUAGUUCCAAGUCAUUUGCAGACUGCUUUUCUAAGACCGUUUUUCCAGUGCUUGUUUUAGACUGCUCUGCUGGCUCAUAUUCGCAUUAAUGGGCGUUUAUUUUGGUAGUAAACUUGUUUUAAUGGUGGUUCACGUAGAAGUAUAGGAGAUGUUAUUGCAUAGUCCAUCGACAUGCCUUCCUCUAUUUACAAGGGAAUCAUGUCAGUGUAUUGCUAGGUAUUUUUACGAAGUGCUUGGGAACUUUAGCAAAGGGUUUAGAAGGCGAUGAGGGGAAAUAGUUGCAUGUUCUGCUUUGCACUAACCUCUCACUGGAGUGAACAACAGUAAAUGUGUUUUUGUGUUGUAGACCUAAUUGUGAGUUGCAGACCACACUGAGGAUGUAACAAUGACACUCAAUUCGCAUUUCAUGAUUGUACAUGAAUGGUCUUUGUGAAAGAAUACAUCUGUAUACAAGCAACAAGUCUCUGCAAACACGGGCAGUGUAAACUACACCAUAAGAAUUAAAUGUGUAAAUGAAGUGUCAUGACCACUCAACAGUUGGGGCAUGUGCGGCAGGAUUGCCAAGGUGGAUUGUGGAUCGCGAUUACUUUGUUGUGCGUUGGUGAACAUUGUUGGAGGCAAUGCUUGUCUAAGUGAAAGGUGUACAUGUGGAAAUAAAUUAUUUGAGUAUUUUUUAA